AAGGCGCUACACAUGGAAAAUUAUGACUAUUCUCUUGAUAUCUAUUCCCUUUCUGCCACUUAUUCGUGGUAGAAACAAUAUGUAUUAGAUUUGAAAGCGAUUACCUGUCUUUAUCAGUUAUUCUCUAUGUAAAAGAUAAAUUGCUAUUAUUGCUCUAAUCAUUCUCACUUUUUUUUCGCCACAAGAACUACCCAUUCAGUGUGAAUAGAGACGUCACAGUGAAUGGAAUUCCACUAAUUGUUCUGCGUGUUAAUAUUAUUUGGUGUCUGAGUGAAAAUUCAAAGUUUAGAAAGAGUUAACAAAGAAAAAGUGGAUUAUUCUUAGAAAACAAUGAAAAAAAAUGACGGACAUAUCCUGGGGACAGUCUUUUCGAGUCCUCAGAAUGACCAUAGUGAACAUAUUGCACAUAGGCGUGUUGAAAAUUGGUGUGAAAGGCAGCAAAAGAAUAAACCACAGAGUAAUUCUGUAGCAGGAGGAGUUUUUCUAAUGCUAGUAAGUGGCCUUCAUAUCGGCUGGAGUAUUGGUAGUCCAAAUUUGAGACUUCAAAUAUGGUUUGAAAAUGUUCCCGACGGAGAAAUCAUCCUGGCACUCUCUUCAUGGUUUAUUGGUGCAAUUAUUGGAAGUUUUAUUUCCCUCUUCAUUCUCCCAAUGUGGGAGAAAAAGACAAUUUACUAUGUCGGAGCAGCUGUCUCUGUGAUAAGCAACGCACCACUAAUUGGCUUUCCAAAUGAGAGUAUUGUUAUUAUUUUAUGUCGCAUUCUGGCGGGAAUAUCUCAUGGUUUCAUCUACAUAACAACCGUAAUUCACGCUUCAGAAAAUGCUAUUAAAGAAGUUCGAGGGAUAAUUCUCGCAGCUCUGCACUAUUGUAUUAUUGCAUCGGUGUUCACUACGUCAAUUCUGCUGGCAAUUGGUCAGGAGGCUGAUGUUAAUGUUAACUAUGAGCCAAACAUGAUUAUAGGAAUUCUGGGUACAGUAUAUUCCGCUAUGGCUUUCCUAUUUAUUCCUUUCCUCACCUACGAGUCCGUAGUAUUCCUCAUUGAGAGACAGAGGUAUAGUGAAGCUAUCAGAAAUAUGAUAAAGCUAAGGAAUGAGUCCGUAGAGACCUGGGAGAUUAAGAAUGAUUUUGACGAGAUGAAGCUUAUGGUUUGCGAAGAUAUUCGAACAUCAAAGUCAAUCUUCAAAGAUGGAAAUUUAAGACCACUUUUGUUAAUGAUUCUUGUGAAAUUUCUAUUCGUCCUCUCCUUUAACUACGGCCUCAACAUGAUAAAAUUCCUCGCAGUCGAUAACAUUCUUAUGGGACAUUGGAGUUCAGCAUGGCUCUUUGGAAUUCGUCUUAUGGCCGGCUUAAUAUCGCUAUUUUUCUUUGACGUCUUUGGCCGUCGAAUCUACUUAGCUGUUUCUGCAGGUGGUACAGCAAUCAGCCUGCUUGUCUACGGAUUUCUCAAUCUCGGUGUCGAAGGAAGCUACGUGGCAAUUAUAGCAUCGGAAAUAUUUUUAGGACUUGGUCUUGGAUCAGUCACGGAUGUUCUCCUUUCGGAAGCAUUCUCGUCACGAAAAAAGGUUCUUUCGAUGAUUGUAGUCACCGUUUGCGAGUAUAUUGUCCAAAUUGCACUGAUACUCAGCUUCCUUAACAUCCCAACACGUUCCUACGAGGAUGCCUUUGUCUUCACUACAGGAGGUGUCAUGAUAGUCAUCACAAUAUUCCUGUACCUUCAAUUACCGGAAACACGGUUUAUGUCUCUCAGACAGACAAGAGAUGAGUUCCGGCUCGUGGGAAAUGCCACCUACUCACGACAGCAACCUCCUCAAGGGAUUACAUCAGCAUAGGACAUCGUCCAAGAUAGAUAAAUCAUGUGAAGCGUAAUUUUAAAUCUGAGAAAAUUUAAAUUUUUUCACAACGUGUCCUAAUUUGUUCGAGGGUGUUUUGUAUAAAGAAGAACUUUAACCAAAUAUAUUUUUGUGGUUUUGUAAUAA